AUGGCUGAAUCACCCAGUGAAAUUUCUGACAGUCUUGAUGUUCUGGAGGCUGGUGAUGAGGGAAAGAAGAAAUCCAAAUUUAAAGCCCUUAAGAGCUUUUUUGGUAAGAAGAAGAAAAAAGAGGCUGAAGAUAGCCAGGAAGAAGAAAUUCUAGAACCGAGUUUGUCCAGAAGCAACAUUAACAUCUCUUCUCUGGAGCCUGUUCGGGAAAAGCAACCAACUGGGGCCAGGGCCAAGAGUGGCAUGGGGAGCAAAGCCCUAUCCCAUGAUAGCAUCUUCUUCUUGGAUCCUAAGCCUGAAAGAUCAGCAAGUAAAAUGAGUCCUUCUAUGGAUCCCCAGAGAGGCAGACCUCGACAGAGAUCCCGUAUUUCCAGAACUCUGCCUAAACCUAAGAGUAAUGUGCGUGGAGCUGUGUCUGGAGCCAUGUCAGGAGCUGUGCCUGCAAGUGCAGUCUGGGCUACGAGCCCCAAGAUCACUGAGAACCCACCAUCGCGCCGACGCCGACUCAGCAUCAUCCCACCUGUUAUCCGAACUGACCCAACUUCUAAGGACUUGGUAGAAAUUUCUGUCGAUGAUGAGUCACCUAAGAAUCCACAAAAGAAGGCUUUACCACAUGAGAUUUUGACAGCGACUCAGAGCUUCUCUGAGCUAUUACCUGGACCUGACUGCUCACAGUCCUUGACUGCAUUUGCCACACUUGCCUCUGACAGCAGCACCCCGCUGCCCGUUGGUUUCAGCACCCCAGCCACCACCGAGGGCUGUUUGGAUUCUUCAGCUGCUCGCCACAAGAUGGCUUUAAAUCCCCGCAAACAAAAGAAGGAGAACCUUCAAGCGAUUAUUCGUGGCCUUCCAGUGUGGUUCAGUAGUUUCCAGGGUAUUUUAGAGAGAUCCCUGUAGUGUGUCAUUCAGAGAUUGGAAACUCCAAACCUGGGAACCACUUCCAAUAGGUAAAAUGAUCCCCUUCAGGUAAAACCAAACCAGGAGGAGCCAAACCUUCCAUUGGUUUCUGGAGAAGAAAAGAGUAUAACCAAACCAAAAGAAACCAACCAAAAGAAGCUGGGUACGGACAGUGCAGGUUCCUCAAGCAAGGAACAGAGCAACAAAACUGAGAUAUAUGACAAGAAGACAACAGACCAGGCUCCAAACUCUGAUGCUACUGGGAGUCAGGGCCAUCCACUGCCAGCAGCAUCUGGAAGAAGACGGAGAAAAAAAGGAGCAAGUAUUUCAGGAUUGAGUGAGUGUGAAUUCAAAGGAAGAAGCCUUAAACAAUCCAGUGAAGGGUAUGGCCUGGGCGAUAGAGCUGCAUCCUCACCUACUGAUAAGACUGCCAGGAAUGUGCCUUUCUGGCACUUAUCCUUGGAGAAGGACAACAUGGAGCAGCCUACAACUCCACAACCAGAAACCACUAUCCCUCAGGGGUUGCUUUCAGAUAAAGAUGACAUGGGAAAGAGAAAUGCUGGCAUAGAUUUCGGAUCCAGAAAAGCAUCAGCAACACAGCCUAUACCUGAAGACAUGAAAGAUCCCAUGGUUACUGAUCCACAACCAUACCAUGAAGAUGGGGCUCCUGCAGCUGAGAAGACAGAAGCCACAGCUUCUCUUUCAUUGAUGGUGGAAAGCCCUUCUACAACCCAAGAGGAGGCCAUUCUCUCAGUGGCAGCAGAGGCUCAAGUGUUGACAGAUCCUUCUCAUAUCCAGUCACAAGAGAAAGAAGCUUUCAGCUUUGAGUCACAAAAGGCCCAAUCCAAAACGGAGUCAGCCCAGGAUGUUCAAACUAUCUGCAAAGAAAAGCCUUCUGGAAAUGUUCACCAGGCCUUUACAACAAGUGUUUUGGGUACGACAGGUAUUCCAGCCAAAGGAGAUGUUUAUGCCAAGAGUCUGCCUCCUGAAAGCCUUUUUCAGUCCUCAAGGAAGCCUGAUGCUGAAGAAGUCUCCUCAGAUUCAGAGAAUAUUCCUGAGGAGGGGGAUGGUUCUGAAGAACUGGCUUGUGGUCACUCUUCCCAGUCCUUGUGGAAGUUUGAAGAUGAACAAAAAGUCUUCUCAGAAUCAAAAAGUUUGGUUGAGGACUGGAGCAGCUCUGAGGAGGAGCUGGACCCCAGAUGCCCUUCCCAGGCUUUAGAGGAGCCCGAAGAUGAAGUCUUCACAGACUCAAGCAGUUAUAUUGAGAAGUACAACAGUUUUGAGGAUUGCAGCAGCUCGGAGGAAGAUCUGCCUGUCAGACACCCUGCUCAGGCCUUGGAGAAGCCCAAAGACCAACAAGAAGUCGCCUCAGCUUCAAAGAAUACUCCUGAAGAGCAGAAUGCUUCCAUGCCGCAGCUGCCUCCCAAACGCCCUUCUCAGCCCAUUAUGAGUCCUGCUGUUCAGCAACAAGUUCGCACCAGUUCAGUGGGCACUUCUACAAAAUGGAGCAGUUCCGUGGAGCCAGUCUCUCCAAGACACCCUUUCGAGGCAUGGGCGAGUCCUAAAUCUGAGCAAAAAGUCUCCACAAGUCCAGAGAGUGCUGCUGUUGAGUGGGGCAUUUUUCUGGAACCUCUGCCUCCCAAAAUUCCUUCUAAGCACCGGAUGAGGCCUAAAGCAGAGCAACAAGGCUCCUCAAGUCCAGAAAUUACAAGUAUGGAAGGGGCUGCUUCUGUGGAGGCCCCGCUACCCAGCCAGCAUUCUCAGCCCCUGAUGAGCCCAGAAGUCCAGCAAGAAGUCUCUGCAGGUCCAGAGACUGCUACUGUUGAGGGGAGCAUUUCUGUGGAGCAAAUGCCUCCCAAACACCCUUUCCAGCUACGGGUGAAUCCAAAAGUGGAGCAAGAAGUUUCCUCAUCUCCAAAGAUCAUGGCUGUUGAAGAAAGUGUUUCUAGGAAGCCUCUGCCUCCUAAACUUCUUUCCCAGCCCUCGAUGAACCCUAAAGUUCAACAGAACAUGUUCUCCGAUUCAGAGGACAUUGCUGUUGAGAAAGUCAUCUCUGCGGAGCCACUGCUCCCCAGAUAUUCUCCUCAGUCCUUGACAGAUCCUCAAAUCCAGCAAAUCUCAGAAAGCACAGCUGUUGAGGAAGGCACUUAUGUGGAGCCGCUGCCUCCCAGAUGCCUUUCCCAGCCCUCUGGAAGGCCUAAGUUCCUAGAAUCAAUGAGUACUUCUGCAGAAUGGAGCAGUCCUCUGGAGCCAAUGCCUACUGGACAAACCUUCCAACCACGGGCGAGUCCUAAAUUUGAGCGGCAAGUAUCUGAAGGUCUAGAGAGCACUGCAGCUGAUGGGAGCAUUUCUAUGGAGUCGAUGCCUCCCAGACAUCCUUUCCAGCCAUGCGUCAUCCCUACAUUUGAGCAACAAGUCUUUGCAGAAGUCUUCGCAGGUCCAGAGACUGCUGCUGCUGACUGGGGCAUUUAUACAGAUCCACUGCCUCCCAGAGUGCCUUCUCAACGCAGGAUGAGAUCAAGAGCCAAGCAAGCAAUUUCCUUGGAUUCAAUGAGCAUUUCUGCAGAAAGGUGCAGCUCUGUGGAGCCAACAUCUCCCAGAAGCCCUUUCCAGCCACAGGUGGGCCCUACAUUUGAGCAACCAGUCUCUGCAGCUCCAGAGAGCACUGCAGCUGAAGGGACUGCUUCUAUGGAGCUGAGGCCUCCCAGACAGCCUUCUCAGCCCCUGAUGAGACCAGCAGUAGAGCAAGAAGUCUCCUCAGGUUCAAUGAGCACUUCUUCAGAAUGGAGCAGUCCUGUGGCAUCUUCCAAAUACACUUUCCAGCCAUGGGUGACUCCUAAAUUUGAGCAACUGUAUCAACUCUCUGCAGAUCCAGAAAGCACUACUGUUGAAGGGAACAUUUCUAAGGAGCCGCUGCUUCCCAGACAUCCUUCCCAGUUUACUGUGAGGGAUAAAAUCCAGCAACUGUCCUCAAAUUUCAAGAGCACUGCCAUUGAAGCAGGCAUUUCUGGGGGGCCACUGCCUCCAAAAUAUCCUACCCAGUUCUUAACGAGGUCUAAAGUUCAAGAAAUGGCCUCGCGUCUAGAGAACACAGCUGUUGAAGGCAUUUCUAAGAAAUCACUGAUUCCCAGACGUCCUGCCCAGUCAUUCGUGAAGUUUAUGGCACAGCAGAUCUUUUCAGAGAGCUCUGCUCUUAAGAGGGGUGGUGAUGUGGCACCUUUGCCUCCAAAACUUCCUUCCAAAUCUUCGUUGAAGCCUAAAGUCAAGCACCAAGUUUUUUCAGAUUGGGGGAAUGCUAAUCCUAAGGGAGGCAUUGCUUCGAAGAUGCUGCCUAUGAAGCACCCUUUACAGUCCUUGGGGAGACCUGAAGACCCACAAGAAGUUCAAGAAGUUUUCUCAUAUUCACAGAGUGCUCCUGGGAAGUGCAGCAGUUCUAAAGAGCAGCUGCCUCCCAGACAGCUUUCCCAGGCCUUGGGGAAACUUGAGUAUGAGCAAGAAGUCUCUUCUGUUUCUGCCAGCUCUCCUGAAGAGUGGAGGAAUUCCAAAAAGCAGCUGCCUCCCAAACAUUCUUCCCAAGCCUCAGAUAGGUCUCAAGUCCAGCCACGGAUGUCAUCAAUGGGCACAGCGAAUGUACCUAUAAAGCGGAGCAGCAGUGAGAAGCACCUGCCUCCAAGUAGCCCUUUCCAGCGACAGGUUCAUUCAAGUUCUGUGGGUGCUGGUGCUGGGCGAUCUAUUUUUGAGAGCAAUUCUGACAACUGGUUCCUACAAAGAGAUCAAGCUUUUGCAAACAAAACCAAGAAGUUCAGCCAAGGUUCCAAAAACCGCAUAAAGAGCAUCCCAGCUCCUGCUACCAAACCUGGGAAGUUCACUAUUGCCCCUACUGGGCAAACAUCCACUUCUACGGGCAUUUACUCCAAGGAAGAAGUUCUUGAGAGUAGUGAUGGAAAUAAUAACCAGCAUUCAGGCCUAUCCAACCAGGCUCAUGUUGAAAACCUUUUUGGAGUUCGACUGAGAAGAGUCCCUUCCUUGCAGAAGUAUGAGAGUGAGAAACAAGAUUACUUCACCCAGCUUGCUUCAGUGCCCUUGGGCCCAGUUUCAUCGUUUGUAGGUAAGGAGCAUAAAAUCAGAAGAAGCACUUCCGAGGGGCUCCUGAGUGCUGCAGGGAACCUCACCAAAAUAUCUAACUUUGCAGAGAAGCAACAGAGCAGGCCAAAAUCUGAAAGCAUGGCCAAGAAGCAACCUGCUUGCAAGACCCCAGGAAAGCCUGCUGGUCAACAGUCAGAUUAUGCCAUCUCAGAGCCAGCUUGGAUAACUAUGGCAAAGCAGAAGCAGAUGGGUUUCAAGGCCCAUAUUCCUAUGAAAGAGCUGAAAACCAAGAGCAGAGCUGGAGCUAAGGCUGAAACUAAGGAGCCUAAAUAUGGGGGAGCUGGCCCUGCAAAUGAAAACCAAGCUAAAAAUAUUUUCACUUCCAAUGUCUACAAACAGGAGAAGAGAGCACAGAUGAAACCACUUAAGCCUAUAAAAUCAGUUGGAUUUGAGGCUCAGAAGAUACUGCAAAUGCCUGCCAUGGAAAAAGAAACCAAACGAUCUUCAACUCUCCCAGCCAAGUUCCAAAAGCCAGGUGAGCCAGUUGAGCCUGUCUGGUUCUCCCUGGCCAGGAAGAAAGCCAAAGCAUGGAGCCAUAUGGCAGAGACCACAGAAUAAAGAGCUCUUGUAUGGAGCAUCAGCAUUUUAAAUGAUAAUUCCUAAUAACCAUAUUAAUUCUAUGUAGUGAUCUUUUCACCGUGUGACCACUUUUAUUAAGCAAAAUAAGUAUUAAGCAAAGUAUGAAUUUAUUAAGCAAAAUAAGAAUUUAUUAAGCAA